UAGUUGUGCGCAGGCGCUGCCGUGCGUUGAUCGUGUUUUUUUUAUUUAAUCUGUCAUGCUGUUGACAUUCUUAUCACUUGAAUAGAGGUCAAUUUUGACUAACAAUUAGUGUUUAUUGAGUGUUUGAGAAUGUGGAAUUUCAUGUCAAACAGUGUUUUGUUUUUAAAUGUUGCGAAACUUGUAAAUUGUGUUGUUAAGUGAGUGAUAAUAAUAUAAACAAUGCCGAAAGACGUGGAGCAAGGAUUGCUGGAGGUGACGCAGAGUAUUCCGCUGAUACCUUUGCCCUCCAGGAACUCCAACCAUUUCCCGGGGCCUGAUGAUCCUGAAAGAGAAUCCCUGCUGGAGCUAACCGCUCCAGUGUACGGACGGGCGCCGCCGCUCCGAACUCCGGACAGUGAACCCACCAGCCCAACUGAGUCAACAUAUAAUGAUACUGUGAGGAAGAGUCAUCUUCCUCGCUAUCAGGCAGGAUGGACGGAGUUACACCACGCCAGCGCCAAGAAUCUCGGGUUUCGCAUUCGAGUGCUUCUAAACGCAGGCCACGAUCCCAACAUUUGCGAUGACAGAGGCAGAACUGCGCUUGACGUAGCUGGCUACGCUCAUUAUCGACGGAAAAAAAUAGUUGACUUAGCGGACGUAAUAAGGAUGCUACUAGAAGCAGGCGGCACAUUCAACACGAUGAAGGGAGAGAUAGACAACAUCGAUACUCCUCUACACACGUCCGUCGAAAUAAGAUGUCUCCCGUCCAUUCGGCUGCUGCUGGACGCCGGCGCGUCCGUCAAAUGCUUGAACAGCUCUGGGUAUACGCCGUUGCAUCUUUGUGUGAAGCAUAAAAUUGAUGAAGCUUUUAAGGUCCUCCUAAGCCACAAAAUCGAUGACCUGGAUUCUUUAGCAGAACGAGCAAACACGAGGGACCACGACGGAGCUACACUCCUCCAAGCAGCCGUGAUGUCAAGCUGGGUUCCUGGAGUCUGCGAUAUCUUGGACGCCGGAGCUGAAGUCACCGCUACGUCAAACCAGCCCUUCCACCGCUUCAAGAAUGUUACGCUGGAUGACGAUCAGAACCUAAUUUAUCGACUGGAUCAGAUUCACGAAACACCGCUGCAUUUAGCAGCCGAUCGCGGAGAUAAGGAAAUACUCGAAAUACUUCUAGGCACGAAUGAUGUCAACAUUGACCUCUUCAAUAAAAUAGAUCAGACCCCACUUUACAUAGCUAUUCGAAGCGGACACCUUGGCUGUGUUAAAUUGCUAGUCCGAAAAGGUGCCAAUCUUUUCAAAGUGACGGGAGAAAGAAGUACCGCUUUGCAUGCAGCCAUACAAUUUGGCGACAAGAAAAUUGUAGAUUACAUUCUCAGUUACGACGAUGACGCUACACGAACAAUGAUAAAUUCAUUCGACAAUCGCGGUUACGCUCCGGUGCACAUUGCUGCAAUGAAUAAUCGUCUUGAAUGCAUUAAGAUGUUGUACUACAAGAAAGCUAAUUUAAGACUCAAAACUAAAGGCGAGUUCAUAGCAGAUUGGACGCCUUUACAAAUAGCUGCUUCUAAAAAUUGUCCAGAUGUAGUUGGAGCAUUAAUGGAUAUCGAUCCAGAAGCCAUUGAAGACAUUGACGACAAAGGGCGUUCUGCCUUAAACUUAGCCGCUGAUCGAUGCCAUCGAGACGUAGUUUCAACGAUCUUACGCAAAGGUGCUGUUUUAUCUAACCCUUCUGAAUACCGGGAUAAAAGGAAAAAAACUGUUAUAGAAACUAUAGCAACGAAGCUUCCCAAUGCAACACAAUUUUUUGAAGAAGUCUUUGAUGAAUUUAUCGAAUCUAAAUUGCCAGAACUAGGUGAAGCUGGCUGUGAGAUCAGUAUAGAUUAUGGGGUCUUAUUAAAAGAUCAUGAGACCAGUCAAAUUAAAGUAUUAGAGGAACUAGUCAGAUGUAAUCAGAAAAAUAUCCUCAAGCAUCCAUUGAUUGAGAGUCUCAUUUAUUUAAAAUGGAUCACUUUGGUGCCGUUCUUUUACGUGAUUGUAGCAAUUUACACCAUAUUUGUUCUAACACUAAACUUUGUCUUAAUAGUUAAUUUCUGUGAUAAAGAUAAAAAUAACUAUAUGAGUAGCAAUCUGCUCUAUGCUCCAACACUUUUGGUCAUCGGUCAGGAACUCCUAUUUAUAUACGUUAAAAGGCUACACUAUAUCAUUUGUUUGGAGAAUUGGGUAAAAUUAGGCUCAAUAGUCCUUACACUUGUACUGCUCUUUACUGAAGAAGAUCAGUGGCUCGAACACGAAUCUCUAAGACAUGUGGCUACUGGAGCUUUGCUUCUGACGUGGGCUUAUAUGAUGUACCUCCUCUCUAGGUUCCCAUACUGGGGAUAUUAUCUACAGAUGUUCAGUAAAGUUGCUACUAACUUCUUCAAGAUAUUGCUGACAUGCGCCUUCUUACUCAUUGCUUUUGCACUAAGUUUCAUGGUUCAAUAUCACGCGUACCCCCCUUUUGAUGGACCAUGGGCAGCUUUUGUGAAGACAGUAGCUAUGAUGACGUCAGAGUUUGACUACAGUGGAUUAUUUAAGGAACCCAAUGUAACCCACGCUAGACCGUUAAGGCGUUUGAGGACAAAUGUGUCAGCGGCUGACAAUGGAACAAAUCUUCUGAAUUCUACAAACCAUGCAAAUGCAUCGAACCUUGCUAACUUAUCGCCUCACUAUUUCCGAAGCUUCCAUACAGAAGAGUUUGCAUACACAAAGACAAUAGACCAUAUGUUGUUUGUACUAUUCUUGAUUUUGGUAUCAAUGGUAUUUGUGAACUUCUUAAUAGGUGUGGCAGUAAGUGACGUAGCAGAUCUGAAAAUGGUAGGGGAUGUUAGAAGAUUAAAGAAACAAGUGAAUUUCUUAAGCCAUCUAGAUGCCUUUGUAUUUGGAGGCGUGUUUAGAAGUUUGGUCCAUAAGAAAUUUCAUUGUAGAAGAUUUAUAAGAAAAAUCUACAUUAGACCUUGUAUUAUAAAGCAUUGGGAGGUAUGUUAUGAAGUCCUUGCAGAUGCUGACGAACCUCAUUAUUUUGCCAAAGAACAGUCGCUACCACCUCAUAUUUUGGACUCUAUAUUGCAUAAGGUAAAGACAAAAUACCAGCAAAAAGAACGAGAAGCCAGCAAAAAAAUGUACAGAGAUCAAAUGGACAUGCUUUUCAAGACCAUAGUAACCGAUGAUAGGUAUUCCUUAACUGAAUUAAUAGAAAACUCGAAAGUCGAAAAGGGGAUGGAGAUACGAACAAAGUUUGGAGACAUAAUGAAUCGUUUGGAAGAAUUGGCUACUGCAAUCAGUGAUGUCAAGGACCAAGUGAAGGAUAUAGGAAAGAAUCAACACAGCGUGUCUGAUAAAAAUACUCAGACGGAAAACUCCGGUGAUAAUAAGAGAUUUGUGCUCAAGUUAAAGAAUAAGAGUGUUAGCUAAGCAAUUUUGUAGUAUUUCGGUUUUUAGCUUACUUGUAAUUUUUAGGGCGGUUGUACUAGCGCUAGGCUAGCGCUAGGUUGUAUUGACGGAUGAUCAACGUCAAUUAGCAAUAAAAUUUAGCCAACGUUUUAACGGUGAUACGUUUUCGUGCAACUGAUAUAGAUUUGUACUUAUCUACAAGACUUGACUUUUUGUAGCAUAAUUUGUGAAGCAGAUAGUGAGUACAAGUAAAAAGAACCUGUCUUUUAAUUAAGUUUAUUAUACUCAACUUUUAAUUUACCUUAAAAAUUAAAAAUAUGGUUUAAAUAGACAAUAAAUGGUAACGACUCGAAAGUUUCUAUAAUUGUCAAAGCAUUUAAUAAUUUUAAGGAGACAAGUGUUAUUCAAAUAUUUAUUUUUAGAAGUCUAACAAACUGUAACGCUGUUCUGUAAAGGCAAUUACCAUUAUUUUUCUCCCUGUAGCUCCUAAAAAAUAUUUUUUUAAAAGGCGCCUUAGAUAAAGUAUUGGCAAUAAUGUAAAAAACCCAAAAAAAUACCGUGUAAAAAUUAAAAAUGUUUAUUACUUUUUGAUGAUUUAUAACUGUAAAAGUCGGCAAAAUAAUUAAUUGUGAAACUUGAAUAAUGUAUUAGCUGUAAAAUAGAUAAAACGGAUAAUUUUAUCUAUUCCAUGUACUCUGUUCACUCUUUAUUGACACACUUCAAUAAAAGAUGACAGAACGGUUAAUUAAUAGGAACAGAAGUUCAGAAGUUCGCAGGGUAACCAAAGAAAUACACUAAUUUAUUGUCUAAUACCUAUCUUUAAUGUGUACGCGUGUGUAAAUUCAUGAUUCUUGUGUCAAGUAUGUGCCUUUUUGUGAAAAUUGAAAAUAUUAAAAAAUAGUGUCCAUGUUCUGAUAAUGUCAAGUGAUGGUUAUAUUUAUUUUAUUAAAUGCAAUAAAAAUAAAUUAUUUUAUCAA